AUGACCUCAUUCAGUCGUUCAGCUGCAGAAAACAGGACGACCACCGCCGUCAACAACGGCGACCUGCUGCUGCUGCUGAGGGUGAGGAUGAUGAUCCUGUUAAUGAUGAUGAAGAGGAGGAGGAUGGUGACUGCACAGAGAGAGCGCCCUGUGUGUGUGUCCUCAGCGCUGAGGAGUAAACCAGUUCAGCAGCAGGUUGUUUAUCUGCAAAGUGACUCUGCAGAACGAAGCUCGAACCCUGACCUGAGAUCAGAGUCCGCUGAGGACUUACGGGAAAACAGAACCAACUGA